AUGGUAGGUACCUUCGGACAACACAUAUUUGGCUCAUCCUAUUCUUCCACUUUCCCCCAAUUCAUGAGUGCGAAUUUUGAAAAUCCAACCAAAAUUAUUAUCUGUAUAAUCUAAUUUGCGAAAUACUCAUAAAAUCCAAUGUGCCCAAUAUCUAGCACAAUCUAAUUACAAAUAUUUAUAACAGCAGUUACAAGAAUUAAUAAAAUAAUGAAGAAAUUUGGUUUGUUUUAAAUGAAAAGAAAAUCAAGACUCCACUAAGAAAAGUUUAAUCUCUGGCCCAGCCUUGUCUCACAAUGGCGGGUCUCCGGCCGCAACCACCGUCCUCCGCCGCCACCCACCACUCCUUCACCGCCAAACUCCUCCUCCUCCUCACCCUCCUCCCCCUCUCCCUCGCCAUCUUCGCCUUCCUCCUCCAAUGGCGCGGCGGCGGCAUCGAUGAUCCCAUCUCCCGAUGGUCGCCCGACGAAUCUCACAAGUUUCCCGGCAUGGAUUCGUCCCCUCUCGCCACCGUCGGUCACUCAUCCUCCCAUUCUUCCGAUUGCACCACGCUCUUCGGCCACUCCUCUACAGCCUCGUUUCCCUACAGGGACUGGAAGUUCAACUUUCACGCCGAUCUUAAGCCCAAGAUAUGUGUUACAACUAGUACAUCUGCUGGAUUGGAGCAGAUUUUGCCAUGGAUGUUCUAUCAUAAAGUUAUUGGCGUUUCGACUUUUUUCCUUUUUGUUGAAGGGAAGGCUGCAUCUCCUAAAGUGUCCAAAGUUCUUGAGUCCAUUGCGGAUGUGAAAGUGAUAUACAGAACCAAAGAGCUAGAGGAGCAACAAGCUAGGAGCCGGAUCUGGAAUGAAACUUGGUUGUCAAGUUUCUUUUACAAGCCUUGCAACUAUGAGCUUUUUGUGAAGCAAUCCCUGAACAUGGAAAUGGCAAUAGUUAUGGCAAGGGAUGCUGGCAUGGACUGGAUACUUCAUCUGGAUACUGAUGAAUUGAUACAUCCAGCUGGUGCUCGGGAAUAUUCUUUGAGACAGUUGUUGAGUGAGGUUCCUAAGAAUGUUGACAUGGUUGUCUUUCCCAACUAUGAGAGCAGCAUUGAACGGGAUGAUGUCAAGGAACCUUUCACAGAGGUGUCAAUGUUCAAGAAAAACUAUGACCAUCUUACAAAAGACACUUACUUUGGCAUGUAUAAGGAAUCAACCCGAGGCAACCCAAAUUACUUUUUGACCUAUGGGAAUGGGAAGUCUGCAGCUAGAAUACAAGAUCAUCUUCGCCCUAAUGGUGCACACAGAUGGCACAACUACAUGAAAACUCCCAAUGAGAUCAAAUUGGAAGAGGCUGCUGUCUUACAUUAUACAUAUUCCAAGUUCUCUGACUUGACUUCUAGACGGGAUCGGUGCGGUUGUAAGCCUACAAAGGAUGAUGUGAAGCGAUGUUUUAUGCUGGAAUUUGAUAGAUCUGCUUUUAUAAUUGCUUCAACAGCAACUGAGGAGGAGAUGCUAAACUGGUACCGCGAGCAUGUUGUGUGGACUGAUAGGGCUCUAAAUUUGAAAUUGUUGAGAAAAGGAAUCUUAACGCGCAUCUAUGCUCCCAUGACGAUCAUCCAAGGAUUGAGAGAGUCUGGCAUCUUCAGAUCCAUCAUUGCUAAUGCUCAAGGAUCACUAUCAAAGGACAAAUUCUUAGCAUCCAUCGAGAGCAGUAAUUCCUCCAGGGCUUCCGCAUCCAUAUUGCUCGAUUCAAGAAAGAUAGGCAGGGAUAGAGCCUCUCAGUCAGCAGCUAGAAAAGCCCUAGACAUCUCUUCCGAUGAAUUAGCUGUCCCACCAUUAUCUCCCCCAUUAAUUGAUGAAGAUGCCCAGAUUGAAACAUGAUCUCUCCUGCACGAUUGCUGCUUUUUUCUUUCUGUAAGAUGAGGAGGAUGCAGAUUGUCCUCGUUGGUGUGAGGCGUACGAGUAGGGAAAGAUUUGAGCAAGCAUUUCAGUUGGGGAGGUUGUGUUUGGAUCUGUGGCUAUUCCCGAUCAUUUACCCAAGCGGAGGUGUAUAUUGUAUCGUAGACAGAAAGAAGGGGAGAGACGAGACGAGGCCGGGAAAGGUGUUUUUGGGCUCUCACUAAUUUCAUGCUUCAGACGUCGACUGAUGUAUAGAAAUGAAGUGCAUUAUUCAUCACCACAUUUCCUUUUUUUUUGUUGUUGUAUAGUGUAGUACAAUUGCAUUUUACAUGAAUCAGAUUUUUGGAGCUCCCUUUGAUCUGCUUUAUUUUAAUAUAUACCAGCUUUCUUGUGCUGCAA